CUAAAGGUUGAAAUCAGCAAGGUGACCAACAAGUUCCUCACGCUUUUUUCAACCGAGCUACGAACACGUAAAAAAUUAUACCUGGCCUACAAAACAUGCGAGCGUUCGCUACAAGCUCGGUCCCAAUGUGUCCACCCGCCUUUGAAACCGACUGAUGUGCGGUUAGGCAAUGGAAACGUCGAAUGCGAAGGCGACAGGCUAGCUGCCCUGCACACUGGACGUUUAUAUUCACCUUCACGAGUCCCUGCUGCUCCAAGACGCGUGCCAUACAGCUUUCGUUCGCAGUCACCCAGCCCUGGCGCCCAGGCAUUUCAGACAGGACGUACAUCCACGCUAGACUCGCGCAUUUCUAGACAUCACUCCGAGAGAUCUGCCACACUCCCUUCCCGCUCUGGAAGUGCUUUUUCAACGGAUCGUGGAAGUCAUUCGUCCUCGGACAAGGCUGAUUCCUUAGUAGAGAAA